GAGAGAGAGCAGGAGGAGGUGGAGGAGGAGGACUAGUGUAGGUUGGAAAGGAAGAGUGAGCGAGAGCAAGUUGAAGGGAGGGGGAGUAAGAGCCAGCGAAUUCUUUUUCUUUUUCUGUUAUUAUUUUGACGACUCCCCAGUUGCGCCCAUGCUACUGUCAGCUUCGUUUUAGGCGUAGCAUGGCCAGGCAGAAGAAAAUGGAGCAAAGCGUGCUCCAGGCGGUCUUCUUUUUAGUCCUGGGGCUUUUGGGUCAUUCUCACGGAGGAUUCCCCAACACCAUCAGCAUAGGUGGACUUUUCAUGAGAAAUACGGUGCAGGAGCACAGCGCUUUCCGCUUUGCCGUGCAGUUAUACAACACCAACCAGAACACCACCGAGAAGCCCUUCCAUUUGAAUUACCACGUAGAUCACUUGGAUUCCUCCAAUAGUUUUUCUGUGACUAAUGCUUUCUGCUCCCAGUUCUCAAGAGGGGUGUAUGCCAUCUUUGGAUUCUAUGACCAGAUGUCAAUGAACACUCUGACCUCCUUCUGUGGGGCCCUGCACACAUCUUUUGUCACACCCAGCUUCCCCACUGAUGCAGAUGUGCAGUUUGUCAUCCAGAUGCGCCCAGCCUUGAAGGGUGCUAUUUUGAGCCUUCUGGGUCACUACAAGUGGGAGAAGUUUGUGUAUCUCUAUGACACAGAAAGAGGAUUUUCCAUCCUCCAAGCAAUUAUGGAAGCAGCAGUGCAAAACAACUGGCAAGUGACAGCAAGGUCUGUGGGAAACAUAAAGGAUGUCCAAGAAUUCAGGCGCAUCAUUGAAGAAAUGGACAGGAGGCAGGAAAAGCGAUACUUGAUUGACUGUGAAGUCGAAAGGAUUAACACAAUUUUGGAACAGGUUGUGAUCCUGGGGAAACAUUCAAGAGGUUAUCACUACAUGCUUGCUAACCUGGACUCCCUCUAAGGUGGUAAUGUUUCUCUACUCAAAAUACCAGAGAACCCAAAAGAGGCAUCCAGGAGUAAUGUAAGCCUGAAGAAGUGAACUCUGAAAUCUUGAGAAGUACUUGAAAC